AUGUCAGAAGCCCCUAGCUUGGGCAUAAUUCGAGACAUCACCCAGCAGCACUUCGGAAAACAGCCAUGCCUUUGGCAGAUCAAAAUCACACAAGCAUUCAUUGAAGCUAACCAUGACAUUGUGUGUAUUGCUGGCACAUCAAUGGGGAAGACUAUGACAUUUUGGAUGCCUUUACUGUUCAAACCUGGCCCCCAAAUUAUUGUGACUCCAUUGAACCAGCUCGGGAGACAGAACAUUUCAUCACUGGCAAAAGCAGGCUUGCUAAGUAUAUCAAUAAGCUUGGAGACAGCUAGCUGUGGCAACUUUUGCGUGAGGAUCUAA